AUGCCAACAAAAGGACUUUACUUGCUGUGUACAUGGUGGAUUACCUUGCUGCUGAACCAAGCUAACUCAUCCAAUCCCGUCUCAGGAUGUGACUAUAACCCGACUGAACAAGCCGGCACCAUCCUAACACCAAACUACCCGAACACCUACCCAAACAAUGUACAUUGUAGCUGGAAGAUUAGUGUGGCCACCGGUCAAAUCAUCUCACUAAAGAUGAAGACGUUUAACCUAGACUUCUCAGAUUAUGUGGUUUUCCAUGACGGCCCAAGCGCCCAGUCUCCCAUCAUUGGAAUCACGAGGUACACAGGUUUCUGGGACAAUACAAAGCUGACUGAUACUAUCAUUAGAUCUACAGGACCGGAGAUGUUUAUCUACUUCUAUUCAGAUUAUUCGGUCGCAGCUUCAGGUUUUGGGGCAUCGUACUGGGCCCAUGAGUGCAAGAAGUUUACAUACGGCAUUCCCGAGUGCAGCACUUCAUGCAACUGCAUACAAGAGAACACACUUUACUGCAACAACUUCGAUGGUACAUGUAUCUGUAAACAUGGAUGGACUUCAUAUGAUUGCUCGACUGAUGUCAAUGAAUGCUCAAACCCACAUACGUGUGAAGAUGAGUACACAGAAUGCAGAAACUUAAACGGUAGCUACACGUGUGACUGUAGACCAGGAUUAAAGAACAUAAAUGGAAAAUGUGCAGACUCCUGCAGCCCACAAAAUCGACAAUGUUCUCACUUAUGUGGGGCGACUGAGAACCCGCACAAAGAACAUUGUUAUUGUCCGAUUGGAAUGGAGCUGAGUUCUAAAGACAACAUGUCAUGUGUUGAAUGUGGUCGUGUUCUUACCAACUCUUCCGGCAUCAUUGACACUUACACAUAUGAUAGAUAUCACUACAUAACAACAAGAGUAACCACACCCAUUUGCACCUGGACUAUUCUUGCUACACGUGGCUAUGUCAUAGAAUUAAAAUUUCAAAGCUUUAUCAUGUACAAUGGCUACCAAAGAAAAUUCGGAUAUCUCGAGAUUUACGAUGGUGGAGACUCUAAAGGAACUUUACUGGCUGUCUAUGAUGGUAUGAUGUACCGUGUUUGCCCACCUUUCAUGUAUGACACCAACUGUUCUGUACCGUGCAACUGUAACCAGAGCAACACAGAAUAUUGUAACAGUACCAAUGUUUCACUUAAAGCUCUCGGUAAACUUAUUGAUGGUUUUAAAGUUUUAUUUUACACUAGCUUCCUGUCCCUGCUUGUUGCAGCGGGGUUAGAAGAAAGUCCAAGGAUAGCCUGGGGCACAUCAUACACUAUCGUAGCCUUGGAAGACGCGCCUGUGUGUCAACAAGGCAAGUUUGGACCUGACUGUAACCAAUCCUGCUCAUGUGUGGUCAACAACACAGCGUCAUGUGACCCCAGAACUGGUCAGUGUAAGUGUAAAUCAGGCUGGACGUUUCCAGACUGCUCUGAGGAUAUCGAUGAAUGUCAGCAAGAUCUGUACACUUGUCCAUAUUACUCGUCAUGUACAAACACGCCUGGUGACUACAACUGUACGUGUGAUAGAAAUCAUGGUUACGAGAAUAAUGGAAUCUGCAGAAAUUUCAUGUUUGGGGAGAGCUGUGCGAACUCGUGCAACUGCUCGAAAAACAACACUGAGUACUGUGACAACCUUUACGGCAACUGUAUCUGUAAGCCAGGCUGGAAGGGUGAAACUUGUAAGGAGGACGUUGACGAGUGUCUGGGCACCAACAAUCACCUGUGUCCACCUAAAUCCACUUGUGAGAAUAAUCAAGGCAGUUAUAAUUGUACAUGUGUGAAGGGAUACAGAAAAAACCAGACCACAGAAGAAUGUGAAGGUAGGAAAUAUUUACAGAAAGAUUUUUAG